GCCCAGCCGACGCCAGUCGAAUGGAACAGAUCCUUCUUUACCCGAGCCGAGUGGAGCAGAUGUAGAUAGACACAAAUACGCUGGAGUACAGCAGAGCCGACUCCAUCACCCGACGCAAAAUGUGUAGGAAGGAACCGCAGAUGCUGGUUUAAACCGAAGUAAUUGUUAUUUCACUCACUGUGCCUUAAUUGGUACAAUAAAGUGACCUUGAAGAAGCUGGCGUGGUGGACUCCAUCCCCGCCCAUGGCGGCUCGCCGGUGUCCCGGGGCGCUAGGCCCGAGUGCGGGAGAGCAGCCUCCGCCGCCGCUGCCGCUGCCGCUGCCGCUGCCCGCCUCUGCUCACCCGGACCCCGCCGCCAGGGAACUGUUCGAGGGCUGCCGCAGCGGCGACGUGGCCCGGGUGAAGAGGCUGGUGAAGGCGGACAAUGUUAACGCCAGGGACACGGCCGGCCGCAAGUCCAGCCCGCUACAUUUUGCUGCAGGCUUUGGACGGAAGGAUGUAGUUGAAUUUUUGCUUCAGAAUGGUGCUAAUGUCCACACAAGAGACGAUGGAGGCCUUAUUCCUCUUCAUAAUGCCUGUUCAUUUGGUCAUGCAGAAGUUGUCAAUAUGCUGCUGAGUCAUGGUGCUGAUUCUAAUGCUCGUGAUAACUGGGACUACACACCUCUCCAUGAAGCUGCCAUCAAAGGCAAAAUUGACGUUUGCAUAGUUUUACUCCAAAAUGGUGCUGAUCUUCAUAUCCGUAAUACCGAUGGAAGAACUGCAUUAGAUCUAGCAGACUCAUCUGCUAAAACACUAUUGACAGGUGAAUACAAAAAAGAUGAACUACUAGAGACUGCAAGGAAUGGAAAUGAAGAAAAGUUGAUGUCCCUACUUACACCGUUGAAUGUAAACUGCCAUGCUAGUGAUGGCCGGAAGUCCACACCACUGCAUUUAGCAGCAGGAUAUAACCGUGUUAACAUCGUACAGCUGUUACUUCAACAUGGUGCAGAUGUUCAUGCUAAGGAUAAAGGAGAUUUAGUACCUCUUCACAAUGCUUGUUCCUAUGGUCAUUAUGAAGUUACAGAGCUUUUAAUUAAGCAUGGUGCCUAUGUGAAUGCCAUGGACCUCUGGCAGUUUACUCCUUUGCACGAAGCUGCCUCCAAGAACAGAGUAGAAGUAUGUUCCCUACUGCUGAGCUACGGUGCUGAUCCAACGUUGCUGAACUGUCAUUCUAAGAGUGCCAUUGAUUUAGCUCCUACACCCCAACUAAAAGAACGCUUAGCUUAUGAGUUCAAAGGGCAUUCAUUGCUGCAGGCUGCAAAAGAAGCAGAUGUUGCCUGUGUGAAAAAACAUCUUUCCUUGGAGAACGUGAAUUUCAAGCAACUUCAAACUCAUGAAACUGCGCUGCAUUUUGCUGCUGCAUCUCCAUAUCCAAAACGAAAACAGGUGGCUGAGCUACUAUUAAGGAAAGGAGCUAAUGUCGAUGAAAAGACAAAAGACCUCAUGACACCCCUCCAUGUGGCAUCAGAAAAGGCCCAUAAUGAUAUAAUUGAAAUACUCAUCAAAAAUGAUGCAAAGGUGAAUGCCCUGGACAGUCUUGGUCAGACACCUUUACACAGGGCUGCUCGCUGUGGCCAUCAUCACACAUGUCGCUUUUUGCUGGCUUCUGGAUCUGAUUCGUUAAUAAUAUCUCUUCACGGUUUCACUGCAUCACAGAUGGGUAAUGAAAGUGUGCAGCAGAUUUUACAAGGUGCCAUGGUUGGAAAUUGUGCUUCUGACAGACAGCUAUUGGAAGCAUCCAAAAGUGGGGACUUGGAUGUUGUCAAGAAAAUAUGCACUCAUCAGAAUGUAAACUGCAGAGAUGUAGAAGGCCGCCAGUCUACCCCACUCCACUUUGCAGCUGGUUACAACCGUGUAUCUAUCGUGGAAUAUUUGUUAGAAAAUGGUGCUGAUGUUCAUGCCAAAGACAAAGGAGGUUUGGUUCCAUUGCACAAUGCAUGCUCGUAUGGACAUUAUGAAGUGGCAGAGCUGCUGAUUAAACAUGGUGCAGUGGUUAACGUAGCUGAUUUGUGGAAGUUUACCCCUUUACAUGAAGCUGCUGCCAAGGGAAAAUAUGAAAUUUGUAAACUUCUGUUAAUACAUGGCGCUGAUCCAACCAAGAAGAACCGGGAUGGAAAUACAGCAUUAGAUCUAAUAAAGGAUGGAGACAUUGACAUACAAGACCUCCUGAGUGGCGAUGCUGCCUUACUUGAUGCUGCAAAGAAGGGGUGCAUGGCCAGGGUGAAGAAAUUAUGCAUAAUAGAGAAUGUUAACUGCAGAGAUACCCAGGGAAGACAUUCAACACCCUUGCAUUUAGCAGCUGGUUAUAACAAUUUAGAAGUUGCAGAAUAUCUGCUGCAGCAUGGUGCAGCUGUGAAUGCUCAGGAUAAAGGUGGAUUGAUACCUUUACAUAAUGCUGCUUCAUAUGGGCAUGUGGAUGUUGCAGCAUUAUUGAUAAGAUAUAAUGCAUGUGUAAAUGCAACAGACAAAUGGGCUUUCACUCCCCUUCAUGAAGCAGCCCAGAAAGGGAGGACACAAUUAUGCACCCUAUUGCUCGCUCAUGGAGCUGACCCCACUAUGAGAAACCAGGAAGGACAAACUCCAUUAGAUCUCAUCACUGCAGACGAUGUCCGAGCUUUGCUGAUGGCUGCAAUGCCUCCUUCUGUAUUGCCAUCUUGCCACAAGCCCCAUGCUAUUAUCAAUGCUUCACAAGCAGCAGGACAAACAGCCGCGUCUCUGCCUUCUAUUCCAUCAAAUACAGGAAAUCCAUCUGCUGCAUGUAAUCUAGACAAUCUAUCAAGUGGCUUCUGUGAGCUGACUUCCAGUGGUAGCAUGUGUGGUGCAGAAGAAAUCAGUAACUUAGAGAAAAAAGAAAUUCCUGGAAUACACAUGACUAUUAAUCAGUUUUUGAGGAAUUUGGGACUGGAACAUCUGUGUGAUAUUUUUGAAAAAGAACAGAUCACACUGGAUGUAUUGGUUGAAAUGGGUCAUAAAGAACUAAAGGAAAUUGGAAUAAAUGCUUACGGACAUCGCCAUAAAAUCAUCAAAGGUGUUGAACGUCUUUUAGCCGUACAGCAAGGCAUCAACCCAUAUCUAACUUUAAACAAUUCCAACAGUGGUACAAUUCUGAUUGAUUUGUUACCGGUGGAUAUGGAGUUCCAAUCUGUGGAGGAAGAGAUGCAAAGUACCGUGAGAGAACAUCGGGAUGGCGGCCAUUCCGGAGGAGUCUUCAAUAAAUACAAUUUCUUGAAGAUUCAAAGGGUGUGCAAUAAAAGACUUUGGGAGAGAUAUACACAUCGAAGAAAAGAAGUAUCUGAAGAAAAUCACAGCCAUUCAAAUGAAAGAAUGUUGUUUCAUGGUUCUCCCUUUGUAAAUGCCAUUAUUCACAAGGGUUUUGAUGAAAGGCAUGCUUACAUUGGAGGGAUGUUUGGAGCUGGUAUUUAUUUUGCUGAAAAUUCAUCCAAAAGUAACCAGUAUGUGUAUGGAAUUGGUGGUGGCACAGGUUGUCCAACACAUAAAGAUAGGUCCUGUUACAUUUGUCAUAGGCAAAUAGUGUUCUGUCGUGUUACGUUGGGCAAAUCAUUUUUGCAGUUCAGUGCAAUGAAAAUGGCUCAUGCACCACCUGGUCACCAUUCUGUCACUGGUCGCCCUAGUGUAAAUGGAUUAGCAUUGGCAGAAUAUGUUAUUUAUAGAGGUGAACAGGCUUAUCCAGAAUAUUUGAUAACCUACCAAAUUAUGAAGCCAGAAAACUCAACUGAUUGAUAGACAAAAUGGGGUUUGGUACAUGUACAGUAAGCCACAAAAUACGUCCGAUGCACUCCAACUUGUGUAUUUGUUUUCUAUGUGUAAAUGUUACAUUUUUAAAACCAAAAAAACGCAUUUUAAUUGUGAAAUCCGUGGCUUUGAUACUGUACAAAAUAACUUUAUGGAUUUACCUACCCAUAUUUUAGCACUUUAAUAGAACCAUUCCAAAAUAAUUUGUCUUUGCUCUUGGAGAAGUUGUGUAGUUAUUUGAACAAAAUUGUAUUGUUGCAUUUGAUUGGUUUUGUACUUCACAGUGAUCCAUCCUGAUAUUCCAUGAAGUCUAUAAAAAAUUACAUAUAUCAUCAUCAUCACAUUUAAUGUCGCCAUGCGUUUUCAUUGUAAAAACAAUUGUAAAUAAGAAUGUUUUUUGUAUUGCUUUGAUAUCUUAUUUACACUGCUUGUAUCACAUGCAUGUGCUGUUCUCGCAAUGCAAGGACAGCCUAUCUUUACGACCAGGUCUACUGAAGAUCUCACCAUGCCAGGAAGCAUCAGAAUAAAAAGUCCAAAUACUAUGCAAGGUUUGAUCUAAGCAGUACAUCAUUAAGUUGGCUGCACUUAUUCAAAAUGGCAUGCUGAAGUAAAGUCCCAUGGUGGAUUAAUGUGUAUGUACCAUAUAUUUUUAUGUUUGCAUAAGCAUGUAAAAUCAUCCUGUAGUCUUUGUGGUGCUUUUACAAGGAUUUGUAACUUGCAAUGCAUUUUAAGUAAUAUUUCUAAGACUUUUAUAGAAUUAUUGUAUUGCAAGUGAAACCUAUUCAUAAAAUAUCUUCCAUCUAAUAAAGACUAAAAUACAUUACAUUUCAUUUCAA